UUGAAGGCUUGGAAUAGUUUCAAGAAAGCUGGGGGCUCCCUCCACUUAGACUGAGGGGCUCCACUAAGACUAUCAUGUACCAGGAGUGAAUAUCCACGUCUUCCUCCCUAAGAUCCUGGAAUGCCAGGUGGGGGGCCAGACCUGCUUCCUGGCUCCUGGGCUUGUGGAGCCUUGUUUGAGGCCCUUCCCUGCUCUUGGGCUAGAUUCUUUGGACUCCCCCCGCCCCCAAGAAUGAGCUCAGCUGCCUAAUUGAGGUUGAGGAUGGAGGAUCACCCUGCCCCGGGGCUGCAGCUCGAAUACCAUCUUUGUUCUGAAACAGAACAAUGGACCACUAAGUGGUCACUGAUGCCCAGGCUGGACAGACACAGGAGGGAGCCUCAGGAUAUGGGGUUGUGUUACACAGGUCAAGACCAAGCCUCAGGCCCCGGGUGGCUGACUAGGACAGAGACAAAUUACAAGGCUGGGGUUUUGGCUUGGACUUCAAGGGCCAGGGGCUCAGUCUUCCUUCAUCCUGGCUAUAAAGAGUAGCCCACGGUCUCCAUCCGCUCCAGACCCUGUUACCUGACCUGCAGAUACCAUGGCUACUACUACCAGCAUCCGCCAAUUUUCAACCUCCAGCUCCGUUAAGGGCCUUUGUGCUCCUGGCGGGGGAUUCUCCCGGAUGUCCUCUGUCCGUGUUGGGGGCGCUUGCCGGGCUCCCAGCCUCUUGGGAGGUGGCAGCUGUGGCAAUAUGUCGGUCACAUCUUCCCGCUUCUCAGCAGGCCUGGGGAGCAGCUAUGGUGGCGGCUACACCUGCAGCUUGGGUGGGGGCUUUGGCUCCAGCUUUGGUGUGUCAGAUGCCCUUCUAGGGGGCGGUGAGAAGGAGACCAUGCAGAACCUCAACGACCGCCUGGCCACCUACUUGGACCGGGUGCAUGCCCUGGAGGAGGCCAACACUGACCUGGAGGUGAAGAUCCGUGACUGGUACAAGAAGCAGGGCCCUGGACCCGCUCGUGACUACAGCUCCUACUUCAAGACCAUAGAGGACCUGCGCAACAAGAUUCUGGCAGCCACAAUUGACAAUGCCAGCAUCGUGCUGCAGAUCGACAAUGCUCGCCUGGCGGCUGAUGACUUCCGCACCAAGUACGAGACAGAGCUGAACCUGCGCAUGAGUGUGGAGGCUGACAUCAAUGGCCUGCGCCGGGUGCUGGAUGAGCUGACCCUGUCCAGAGCCGACCUGGAGAUGCAGAUUGAGAGCCUCAAGGAAGAGCUGGCCUACCUGAAGAAGAACCAUGAGGAGGAAAUGAAUGCCCUUCGUGGCCAGGUGGGCGGGGACGUCAGUGUGGAGAUGGACGCGGCCCCGGGUGUGGACCUGAGCCGCAUCCUGAAUGAGAUGCGUGACGAGUACGAGAAGAUGGCUGAGAAGAACCGCAAGGAUGCCGAGGACUGGUUCUUCACCAAGACGGAGGAGCUAAACCGUGAGGUGGCCACUAACACGGAGGCCCUGCAAAGCAGCCGGACGGAGAUCACGGAGCUCCGCCGCUCUGUGCAGAACCUGGAGAUUGAGCUGCAGUCCCAGCUCAGCAUGAAAGCAUCACUGGAGAACAGCCUGGCAGAGACAGAGGCACGCUAUGGAGCCCAGUUGUCGCAGCUGCAGGGCCUCAUCAGCAGCGUGGAGCAGCAGCUUUGUGAGCUGCGCUGCGACAUGGAGCGGCAGAACCACGAGUACCAGCAGCUGCUGGAUGUGAAGACCCGGCUGGAGCAGGAGAUCGCCACUUACCGCCGCCUACUGGAAGGAGAGGACUCCCACCUGGCUACUCAAUACUCCUCAUCCAUGACCUCGCAGCCUUCCCGAGAAGCCAUGGUGACCAGCCGCCAGGUACGCACUAUUGUGGAAGAAGUCCAGGAUGGCAAGGUGGUCUCCUCCCGCGAGCAGGUGCACCGCUCCACCCACUGAGGACCCUUUCUGCAUGUGACAGCCCAGCCUCAGGGGCAGAGGCUGCAGCUCCCUGCAUCUACUGCUGUGCCUGAGCUCCCAUGAGCUGGCUGUUGCCCUCUGUGUGUGUGCUUUGUGCUCCCCUUACAGAGGGGCCCUUGAGCUAACCCCGGGAGCCACUAAUAAAGCUUUGAAGAAGCCUGACCCUU